AACCAACCAAAGCCAGAACAUAAUGAACCACCUCAUCAUUCUCAAGGUAGGCUACAACCGUCCUUUUCUAUUUCCUGCUAUUCCCCUUAUCAUUUAGUGAUUCAUUUCUUCCUUUCAAACCUUCCUUCAUUCGCAUUCUUCAAACUCUUUGUUCACUUAUGAACUUUGGAAUAUGACGGUGUGGGUGAUUUUCUAAAACUUGAUGCCAAUGGCGAUCGUCACAAGGGGUCGCUACCUUGAGAAGCUGUUCAAAUUCGUUGACAACCAAGCGGGGCCUUUGAUUGAUGGAACUAAGGUUCUGAAGCUCAACACGGCGGGGCUCCAUUACGUGCAGUCUCGGCUCCAAGCGUUGCAGGAGCUCGACAGACUUCUAGUGGGAGCUCCAGUUGACUAUCUACGUGCCUACGUCUCGGACCUUGGGGACCACCGUGCGCUCGAGCAGCUUCGGCGGAUACUACGCCUCCUAACCACUCUUAAGGUGGUAUCUGCCUUGCUCCCUCCUGUGCGUGAUCCCACGCCGCUCUCGUUGCUCCCGUUUGGAAGACUGAAGGUUCUGGAACUCAGAGGGUGUGAUUUGUCGACCUCAGCAGCCAAGGGAUUGCUUGAGUUGAGACAUACUUUGGAGAAAAUUAUUUGUCAUAAUUCAACCGAUGCUUUGCGACAUGUGUUUGCCAGCAGAAUUGCUGAGGUAAAGGGCUGUCCACAGUGGAACCGCUUGUCCUUUGUAUCGUGUGCAUGCAAUCGCCUGCUACUAAUGGACGAGUCGUUGCAACUUCUUCCCUCUGUUGAAACCCUUGAUUUGAGUCAAAACAAUUUUGCCAAAGUGGAUAAUCUUCAAAAAUGUGCCAGGUUGAAGCACUUGGACCUUGGAUUCAAUCAACUGCGAUCCAUCUCAUCAUUUAGUGAGGUCUGCUGUCAUGUUGUUAAACUAGUUUUGAGGAAUAAUGCUCUAAAUACAUUGCGUGGGAUUGAGAAUUUGAAGUCACUUGAAGGGCUUGAUGUCUCCUACAAUAUUAUUUCCAAUUUUUCAGAGUUGGAGUUCCUUGUGGGCCUCUCAUUUCUACAAAGCUUGUGGCUGGAAGGGAAUCCACUAUGUUGUGCUCGAUGGCAUCGCGCACAAGUUUUCAGCUACUUCAGUCAUCCAGAAAAUUUGAAAUUAGAUGACAAGGAAAUUAACACCACAGACUAUUGGAAGAGGAAAAUUAUCGUUGCCAGCAGACAGAAACGACCUUCAAGCUUUGGGUUCUAUUCUCCCGCAAAAGAUGAUGCUGAAGCAGAGGGGUGUAUCAAAAAAAAGAGGAUAAUGGUAUCUCGACUUGCUUGUAUUGAGAGUGAACAAGACAGCACUUACAUUUGUUCUGAUCUAGACUCUGUAUCAUGUGGUAAUGAAACUCAAAGCAGAGAGAAAAUCUUAUCUGAGGAUCUAGCUGAAAUAGUUGAUCUGAUGAACAGAGUAGAACAAUUGAAGAAAGAGUGUUCUAUUCUAUGGUUGCAGGAGUUCAAGGAUUGGAUAGUUUAUGCUUCUAAGAAUUCUGCAGAUGGCGGUAAUUUUAAUGCAACUAUGUUGCAUCCACAGAAACGAAAUUAUAAGAAAAAUGGGAAAAGUAAGAGGCAUCUUAUUGAAAGUUCAAGAUGCAUUUCAAAGUCCAUUCAAGCUUCAGGGGAUGGAAGUAGGUUGAGUGUGUUAGAAUCUGAUGGUUCUUUUGCAGAUAAGUCUACUGGUGUGCAUGCCAAUGGGUAUUUUGACCAUAUUUUUCCCCCAGGUAUUACUGGUGGGUUCUCUCUACCAGGGUUGAGAACAAUAGAUAUAAAACAAGAGUAUCAAACCAAUUAUUUGCAUGAUGAGACAAGUAGCGGAUCCAUGCAGGCAGAGAGUGCUCAUCACGGUAUUUUUUCUGUCCAAGGACGUAAUAGGAUGCUUGAAAAUGCCAGUGGAUCACAAUUGAGUACUACUGAUACUAUAAUGGAGUCCAAUUCUUCAUCUGCUUACCCUGGAUCGCCGCCUCAUUAUCAGAAUGACCUUUUGCAUCGUCACCUCAAUUUGGUGGAAGAAAUCUUGCAGUUAUCUGCAGAGUCCUAUUCAAUGGCAUCAUCAGAUAGUGAUACUAGUUGUACUGAAGAUGAUUAUUGUGAAGCUGGGCUAUCUGUCUUGGAAAAUCACAACAGGAGUGUUGAAGGGCGUGCUUCAUCGCAUCCUUUUGAGGAGGAUUAUUAUGAAAAAUAGAAUAAGAUUUCGCAAUUGAGCGAAAAUGACAUCUGCUUCAUUGAUUCAUGUGCUGAGCAAACCUUUAGUACCGCCAAGAUUAUUGAUACAGACCAAACCACUCAAUGCCCUGUAACUUAGAUAUGGGUUCUCAUGAUCCAGGGAUAUCUUCUUUUGUGAACCAAGAGGCUGAUUAGUUUGAUAAAAUAAAACUUAGAAGGAAACCAAAAGGAAGAGAAUCCGGAGGCCAGUAGGCAGAUAUUAUUAUAUUAAAGAAAUGGAAGGGAAGCACCUCUUAAAAGGGGAUGCUCAUCAGAAAGGUUUUGACAAAAAUCUGAUGAGAAAUGCAAUUUCAAUGCCUCAACUUGAUACUGCUUUGAGUUGUUCCUAUGCAAAAUGCUUUUCUUAGGGGAAAAGUGAUUAUAUUGCGUAUUACUUCAAUGAAAAUGUUGCAGAUUUAAGAGUUAGGGAGACUUGCAAGCUAUAUAUGCGUUGCAAGUGUGUAGUUGACCUGUCCCUUCCCAAAGAAAGAGAAGUAGCUAUAGUAUUGAACAGUGAGGAAAAGUUCUAUAUGCUGGUUGUUAGUGUCACUUUUGAUUGAUGAGGUUGGAUUAUGAAGAAAUCUUUUACAUGAGGUAUGAAUUUGUUGAAUUUUUUUCACCAAUGAUCACUUUGCAAAAUUUCUUGCGUGGAAUGGUAAAUAUCAUUAUGAGUGCAAUUUUAUGUGUUUGCAGAGAGAAUCUUGGAUAUAUUAAAGUUUCCAUAAGUGAGGAUUUGGUUGGUCUGAGUCUUUAAGGUUGUGAGGUUAGUGAUUUGUGAUACUUCAUUAGAAGUUAAGAUACUAAACAUUCCUCAAAACCCUGUAUCUAAUUCCUAUUGUUGGUUAUGGUUCAUGUGCACUAAAUGAUAAAUGUUGUUAAAGAAGGUGAUUUGAAUAA